ACCUGCCUGCUUCCUCCUCUGCCUCUCCCCUCCCCUGGCAUCCAAAGCCAGCCGGGGGGCUGGAGAUCUCUGCCCGCCGCUGCCCUGCAUGCCACCAGGCCUUGCCCAAGGGUCGGGCAUGAACCAUGCGCACCAACCAAGUCAUCAAGUACACCUUGUUUGCCUCCUGCUACCUCUUCUGGGUGGCCGGUGGGCUGAUGGUUGCCGUCGGGAUCUACGCCAGGCUCUCCAAGGAAGGGGGCGCUGUGGACUCCCUGCUGGCAGACCCCUCCGUCGUCCUGCUGGCGGUGGGCGUCCUGGUGUUCAGCGUCACCUUCGUCGGCUGCCUGGGGGCCUUGCGUGACCUCACCCUGCUCCUGAAGGCGUUCGCAUGGCUCCUGCUCGUCAUCUUCGUCCUGCAAGUGGUGGCUGCCGUUCUGGGCUUCCUCUUCUCCGGCAUGGUGAUGGAGAAAGCCACCCUGCUGAUGGGGAGAGCCAUCUCCCGUUACCGCGACAACCUUGACCUGCAGAACCUCAUCGACUACAUCCAAAAGAAGUUUGAGUGCUGCGGGGUCCACUCCUACAAAGACUGGUCCCAGAACGUUUACUUCGACUGCCAGGAAUCGAACCCCAGCCUGGAGCGCUGCGCCAUCCCGUUCUCUUGCUGCGUGCGAGGCAAAGAGGCCGUUCUGAACACGAUGUGUGGCUACGGGACGCAGAAGCUGAAGGCUUGGAAGGCCGAGUUUUUGGUGCACACCGAGGGGUGCUUGGAGAAGACGGUCCGCUGGGGCCGCAGCAACCUCUUCUUGGUGGCCGGGCUGGCCUUUGGGCUGCUGGUCCUGGAGGCGGUCGUCUUCUCUCUCGCCGUGCUGCUCAUCUACCAGAUCGACUUCAUCAUCGAGAAACGGAGGAGCGUCAGGAGGAGGAGGAGGAGGAAAAGCUGUCCGGCGAAGUGAAAAAUCUUGCAAGACUGUUUUUGCCGCUUCUCCCUCCCUCCCCAAAAAGCGGGGCCCUUUUUUGCAGCAAAAACAAGGCGUUGGAAAAGGGGGCAGGACGUUUAACCUCCCCGCAGGCUUUGCGCGAACCGAUAUCGGGGUGUUAUGCCAAAGAAUCGUAGAGUUGGGGGCUCCCUGAAGGUCCUCUAGUCUAACCCCACUGGAAGCGAACGUUAUUGGAUAAGGGAAUGUGGCCGACUUGGGACAAAUGUGCGAAGCGCGACUCCCCCCAAACUGCCCGGCACCGAUCCACGCAGCACUUUAGAAGCUGGGGGUGUCUCCUCGAAUUAUCCAUCACCCUUAAAAGCGCUUAUUAUUAUUAUUAUUA